AGUGCAUCGCAUAGAAAUGAACGGCACCAAUACACUCCUCCAUUCGAACUGAUAUUUAUGUAUAUUAUGGACUGAUAGACGCAUACGGUGAUGCGAUGCACACCAACACAGACAAAUGCUUCGCGGCAACGUAUUUCACGCAAAAAAAACGUCCAUAGCGUGCAUGUGCUUUUCGCGCCAUCAAAGAUGCAGGGUCUUUAAAAAAAACACACACACAAACCGUACACACCAGACACGCUAACGAACUGCAUCUGUGUAUGUCGUUUUGUUUAUUUGUUUGUCGUUUUUUUCUCUCGUCUGUUGUUACGUUGUCGUUUGUAUUUGCGGUUCAUUUUUCAAAGAGUUUCAGAGUCUUGUCUGUGCAAGAUUCAUUUCAUUGUUGUGAGACUAAACGAAGCAAGUAGGUAAAAAGCAAACAAACAAUUUAUAAUGGGUUCACCGAUAGAAGGAACACCGAUCGAUGGCAAAGCAGAGAGCAAAAACGAUACAACUGAUGCAUUGCCUGGUGGCAUGACCCGAAAUCAUUCAAACGCAGCGCGCGUCGCACGUAUGCCAACUGACCGGUAUGCAUCCGAGUACAAUAUGAGACACAACAAACGGGGUAUGGCCAUCGUUUUCAACCAUGAGCACUUUGAUAUUCCGACAUUGAAAUCACGUACUGGCACCAAUGUUGACUGCGAAAAUCUAAGACACACAUUGGAGACGCUCCAGUUUGAUGUUGUGGUACACAAGGAUUUGCGUUUGACCGAUAUUCAUCAGAAAAUUGAAAACCUUGCCAACGCUGAUCAUUCGGAACAUGACUGUUUAUUGAUAUCGAUUUUGUCGCACGGUGAAUUGGGUUACAUCUAUGCCAAAGAUACGCAUUACAAGCUCGAGAAUAUAUGGAGUUUUUUCACUGCACCACGAUGCCCUACAUUGGCUGGCAAACCGAAGCUGUUCUUUAUCCAGGCUUGUCAAGGUGAUCGCUUGGAUGGUGGCAUCACGCUCAGCCGCACGGAAACCGAUAGUAGCGAUAGCCAAUCGAUGGCAUACAAAAUUCCAAUCCAUGCCGAUUUUCUCAUCGCCUAUUCCACAAUACCCGGUUACUACUCAUGGCGAAACACCACAAAAGGUUCAUGGUUUAUGCAGUGUUUGUGUCAGGAGCUCGAGCAAAAUGGUAAAAAAUACGACAUUCUGACGCUGCUCACAUUUGUGUGUCAACGUGUGGCCAUUGACUUCGAAUCGAAUACACCCGACAAUCCGAUCAUGCAUCAACAGAAGCAAAUUCCAUGCAUCACGACGAUGUUAACACGGCUGUUGCGUUUCCAUGAGAAAUAAACCAACAUUUCUUUGUUGGUUUGAUUCCAUCUCCGUCAUGUGCAAAUUCUCGUGCUCGGAACAAAACGAUUAAAUUAACUCACCCAUUCAAAAAAAAAAAACAAAACAAAAAACAAAAAAACCAACAAAACCAUUUGCCAUUUGACCAAUUUUCAUCGAACAAAGCAUUACUUAAUCCUUUUUUUUCUAUUUUAUUAUUAUUGUAUUUACAAAUGGAGCGACGAUUAGUUACUUGCCAUAUAAACUGGAACACUCUUCACGGUCUCAUCGGCCGUUCACAUUUUUUAAAUGCAUUCCAUUUUAUAUUGCAAAUAGAAACAGGGCGAAAAAAAGAGAAGAGAUGAGAAAUCGUCGACAAUUUUAUUGUUGUGAUAAAUCAUUGAUCACAUAAACCAUUUAUACACGUCAACAUACACACCCACGAAACAGGCGGUAAUCAUCGCUAGGUCGAUUGAACAAAACUAUAAAAUUGUAUUAUUUUCUCUCGAUUCAAUUGAAUUGGUCGUUUACACUGUGCUUUACGACAAUGACAUCUGUUCCAUGUCACAAUAAUGUUUGCAUUUAUUUUACGUUUUUUUUUUUUUAAACUUGUUCAAAAAUCAUCAUUGCCAACGAAAAGUACAAUGUCAAAUGCAUUUUUUCUUAUUCACAAUUGAAAACACUGCCCUUUUUUUUUCUUUGUGGUGCUUUUUUAUCGCACACUUUUUGAUUGCAAAUGCUUUAGACCAGAAACUGCACAAUUUUUUUAAAAAUAAAUUUUCUACUUGGAACGCAAUCGAACAAACACUUUUUCUAAAACGACGCAACAGAAGAACAGAAAACCAAAUAAAACAAAAUGAAUCUUUUUCUAAACUAAACAAUAGUUUUCGAAGCAAACGAACAAACGAAGUAUUUUUGAGAGAAUUCACAUUUUACAAUUGUAUUUAAAGGGAUUAGAAAAUAGUUUAAGCAUCUUUGGACAGAAUCGAAAUAAUUGUUUUAAGUAACCGUUUUCACAUGUUCAUAUCAUACAAUUGACAUAACAAAGAAUCUCUCUUGAUUUUUUUUUUCUUUUUGCGGAAUUUCAUUUUUGGCUCGUGAAAUUAUCCGUGAUAACUUUUUCUUCUUUCAAAUCUUUUUUUUUAUACAUAUUUUUGCACAACUUUUUACUUUAACUUUGGUUUUAAUCAAAAUGUGCCAAUUUAUUUUCAUUUACAUAUAUGACUAUAGUCGAAAAAAUCAAAACAAAAAAUUUAUCGUAGUUGAAUUGAUUGGGAAAAGUCACAAUUUAGAAUGUAUAAAUGAAAUUGACUGGAUUGUUUUUCUAGCUACGAACUGAUUGGAGAUUUGAAGUCAUGAAUUCUUUUUUUUUCAUUGGAAUUUUCUAGUUAGGUAAAAAAAUUUGUCAUCAUUCAAAAUUGCACUAUGCGUCAAUUGAUUUUCGAAUUUUCAAGACAUUUCCAAUAGAUUUGCAUGAAAUUUUAGACAUUUCAAUGGUUUUUUCAACCCAAAAUUGUUAUGCACACCAUUUUUCUCAAUUUUAAUGAAAUAUUAUAACAGAUGAAAACUUAUUUUGUAGAGAUAUAUAUUGAAUAAAAAUAAUAUUAUUGAAUUGUAAA